AUGUUCAAGAACAGCACGUGGGCCAUGAUGGGGGGGUGCAGCUCAAAGUGUGCUAUUGGGCUUAUGAAGGAAAGGAAUAAACCAGGCCCAACAAAUGAAGAGUCUUAUCUAACUCAGGUUACUCUCCCUUACCUCUAUCACACCCUAAUAUCGAACCACCGAAGCACCAUCUGUAAUCGCCUCCGGCGGGUAAUCAUUCAACAUGCGUCAAGCUUCCCAACAAUAUCAAGAAAUGGUAAAAAUGAUGAAGAAACGAAGGAGAUCGAGGCUUACCUGUCGGAGACACUCAGGCGGUGUUCAGAUGCGGUGAAGGCGAUAAGAAAACCAAAGGAUAAUCUUCAGAAGUGCAGGCCUGGUAUGGUGCCCAGUUUAGUAGCAGAUGAACGACUUAAUGAAGGGUAG